AUGGAUGGAAUCAGAUUGAUAGGAUUUAUGUGUUUGUUGUCGUUUUGCGGUUGUCUUGAUGGGGCGAUCAUCGGACCAAACGAACCCGUGGAACAAAUAAUUCAAUCCACAUGGAACAAUCUCGAACUCAAUUCCGAUUUAGAUCUUACCACCCCAGAAAUAAUAGAAAAAGCAGGUUACUCCACGGAAACUCACACUGUAAUAACAGAAGAUGGCUACAUUUUGACGUUACAUCGUAUUCCAGGUGGCAACGGAUCUCUACCUGUAUUAUUAGUACACGGUUCUUUUAACGACGACAGUGUUUGGAUCACUCUUGGUAAAGGCAAAGCACUCGAUGAUAUCAUUAAUCUUUCUUUCAAGUAA